AAACACACACACACACAGACACCCCUACCUCCCCCCUACCUCUCCUAGGAGCUUCGUGAAACAGCACAGGAACUCUCUGACACCUCCCAACCUGUCUUCUGGCCAAUCGCCUUUGCCUUUCCCUGACUGAUCUUUUAUAAUGAUUUUAUUAGGGAGGAGGGAGGAGAAACAUGCAGCUUGUGCGUGUGUGUGAAGGAGAAGCACAGCGUGCAAGCUGUAAGUCAGUCUCUACCCCUGCCCAGACUCUUGGGCUGAACCAUGUGGCCAGUUGGACCUUACUGCUCUUUAUGAACAUGCUGCUGGACUAUGUGGCUACUGCUCUGUGCUCGGAUUGUCAGCCUCCUGCUCUUGGCUGUGCCUGGGACCCCUCAAGUCUCUGUGAUCGUUGAUGGAAAGGUUAAUGCCAAGUUUGGGUCGGACAUUAAGUUGUACUGCAGAGUGGAAACCCGGGAAUUGAUAUCCCAAAUCACUUGGCAGAGGAAAUUGUCGCCCAACAAUGAGAAUUUCCUAACCUACAGCAAAGGAGAGGAACCCCUGCACCUCACUCCGUUUGGGGAGAGAGUGAGAUUUCUGGGCAAUGGGGAUCUUGGAGGCUCCAUACUGAUACCCAAUGUGACCCUGGCUGAUGAGGGCACCUACCUCUGUAUCUACACCACCUUUCCUAGUGGGACAAAGGAAGGGGAGAUUAAAUUAUCCAUCUGGGUGGAGCCGUCGGUGGAAGUGCAGCUAAACCCAGUGCUGUCGGGACCAAAUCCUGGUGUUAUUGCUGAAUGUGUAGCCUUUGCCUCCAAACCCAUGGCUAAUAUCAGUUGGAGUCCAAAUGGCUUCCGAUACACAUCAACUGAAUUUCUAACACAACAUUCUAAUGGAACAGUGACAGUACGGAGCCAGCUAUGGAUGACGCCUUCUCCAGGACUUUAUGGGCAUCAGGCAACUUGUCUGGUUUCUCAGCCUGACCAAAAUUUUGAGAAAUAUAUCCAUUUCAGCAUUACAAACAUUCAGUAUGCGCCUCAGGCUGUACAUAUCAAAGUACACAGUGAAGAGAGAGACCUUCUGUAUAUUGAAUGCUGGACAGAUGGUAACCCUCCUGUCACCUAUACAUGGUGGUGGGAGAAUGGAUCCAUUCCUAAUGAUUUGGCCCAGGUUAAAGGGAACGUUGUGAAUUUUACCAGAGGGAAUACAGAUUAUAAUGGCCUGUAUGUCUGUGAGGCCGCUAACAGCAUUGGGAGAAAUUCACACUCUGUCUAUUUAUAUAAAUAUACAGGUGCUGCUCCCCAGGGAAACACAGGCGCGUAUAUUGCAGUAAUUGUUAUUCAAAGUGCAAUGAUUAUUGCAUUGGCCGUGUCCUGCUACCUUAUUAAGAAAAAGAAGGAAAGAAACCUGAGAGUAGGCCUUCAGUUAAUGUCCUAUAAAUAACUGCGAAGCACUGCGUAUCUUGACAGCGCUAUAUAAAUAAAUGAUGAUGACUCCCAGCGCUCGACAUUUCAAGAAUUUCCUUACUUGACAAAUGAAGCCUUCUCAGAGAGGAUUCUUCUACACCCUUCUUCCAACUCAUAAAACCUGAAGGUGGAAGUGUAGAGAGAUGCUUCUAGGCACAGGCCCAGGGCAGUGAUGGGCAAAGAAGACAUAUGAAUGAGGACAAGAGUUAAAGAGCUGUCUGUAUAUUGGCAGAUUAGAGAGAAUGGACAGCGAUAGAGCAGUCGGCAAAAAAGGUCAAAAUUGUCUUUAGAAUACAAUGACUGGACAAAAGGCAAAGCAGCAAGAGGAGAUCUUGAGUUUUAUGGGGGCCCCUUGCCACCAGUUGCUUUUUUUUACUGGUAGGAUGGACCCUGGCUACCAAUGUGUUUGUUUGACCAAAUCAUUAAACCAAAUGGCUUUUAUUUGUA